AUGGAAAUUACACUUACUCCAGAAUACGGAUACGUCCUUCUCGUCGCCCUUGCCUCGACAUUUAUCAACCAAUGGCACGGUAUUGUGGUCACCGGUGCUAGAAUGAAGGCCAAGGUUCCAUACCCAAAUGCGUAUGCCUUGCAAUCCGAAGCCCCCACCGGAUCCGAUAAAUACAUCUUCAAUUGCACACAACGUGCCCACCAGAAUUACCUUGAGAAUCUCCCGAACUUGUAUGUCCCAAUGUUCAUCUCCGGCCUCGUUUACCCCAAGUUCGCGGCCGGUGCGGGAGCAGCUUACCUCGUUGGCAGAAUCUUGUAUGCAAUUGGAUACAAGAACCCCAAGAAGGAGACCGGUAAGGGAAGAUACCUUGGUGCACCAGUAUUUUACCCAGCCCAGUUGGGACUGUGGGGUGCCGCCGGGUAUGUUUGUUACAGUUUAAUCUUCGGAGCUUAA